UCUCCGGCUUCAAACGAUAGAGGGACUUCUCUGUGGCGCCAGGAGGCGACCAAGCAGUUCGCAGAAGCAAAUCGUCAAAUCACAUGGUUUUUCACAUGCUAUCAUCUCCGACACGUGAAAUGUUUAGCACGGAUUGGGUAGUUGGUCAGUGUGCCCAUGCAUACAUCAGUGCACUGAGAACGAGAUGGAAGGUGCCCUCCUCCUGCUCGGCGAUUUUCACGAGCGAGUCGGACGCAGCGAGGAAGCACGGGGGCAAGAGGGGAAUGACGAGCGAGGCGGCGGUGCCGACGGCGGGCUACGGCGAGGACGGCGUGUACCGUUCACUGCGCCCGGCGGUGCCCAUCCCGUCCGACCCGGGUCUCUCCCUCAACGACCUCAUCUUCCGCCGCGCCGACGCGUGCCCCGCCGCGCUUGCGCUGGUCGACGCCGCCACCGGCCGCGCCCUCACUUUCGCCGGGCUCCGCUCCGCAGCUCUCACGGCGGCUGCCGCGCUCUCGACGCGCGCGGGCGUCCGCCCCGGCGACGUCGUCCUUCUCCUCGCGCCCAACUGCGUCCUCUACCCCGUCUGCUUCUUGGCUGUCACCGCGCUAGGCGCCGUCGCCACCACGGCGAACCCACACUACACCACCAGAGAGAUCGCCACGCAGGUCGCCGACGCCCGCGCCAAGCUCAUCAUCACAUUCGCCGACCUCCUGCCCAAGGUUGCAGAGCUCCACCUCCCCGCCAUCCUCCUCGAUGUCGAUGACGACGCCGGCAGCGCUACCGCCUCUAUACCUCCGAGCACCAACGUUAUUAUACCCUACUCGGACCUCAUCGACGGGGUGCGGGAGGCGGAGUACCGCCGGCCGGCGACCAAGCAGGGCGACACGGCGGCGCUGCUGUACUCGUCGGGCACGACGGGGACGAGCAAGGGAGUCAUCCUGACGCACGGCAACUUCAUCGCGGCGCACGCCAUGCUCACGUCGGACCAGGACGCGCGCGGGGAGGGCCCCAACGUGUUCCUCUGCUUCUUGCCCAUGUUCCACCUCUUCGGGCUCUCCGUCGUCACGCUCGGGCAGCUGCAGCGCGGGAACGCCGUCGUCGUGAUGCCGCGGUUCGCCGUGGACGACGCGAUGGCCGCCGUGCAGCGCCACCGCGUCACGUACCUGUGCUGCGUCCCUCCGGUAAUGAUCGCGCUAGCCAAGCACGGGAGGACCGGGAGGUACGACCUCAGCUCACUCAAGUUCAUCCUCUCCGGCGCCGCGCCGCUCGGCAAGGAUCUCAUGGAAGCCGUGGCCAAGGACUUCCCGGACGCUGAGAUCGUCCAGGGGUACGGUAUGACCGAGACAUGUGGUAUCAUAACUUUAGAGAAUCCAGAAAGGGUCAAAGUUCGUCAACUUGGAUCAACUGGAACACUUGUCAUACAAGUCGAAGCAAAGAUCGUUGAUGUAGAGACACUGAAACAUCUGCCACCAAAUCAACUAGGAGAAAUUUGUGCUCGAGGACCAAACAUAAUGCAAGGUUAUCUAAAAAAUGUGGAGGCUACUGAAUUUACAAUCAAGCAAGGGUGGUUGCAUACCGGUGAUCUUGGAUACUUUGAUGAAGGAGGUCGCCUUUUUGUUGUCGAUAGACUUAAAGAGCUGAUUAAGUACAAAGGAUUCCAGAUCGCGCCGGCUGAGCUUGAAGGGCUACUUCUGUCUCACCCAGAAAUCCAUGAUGCUGUUGUUAUCCCGUUUCCUGACGCUGAAGCCGGGCAAGUUCCUGUUGCCUAUGUUGUACGAGCACCACAAAGCUCCUUGAGUGAAGCUGAUAUCCAGAGUUUUAUCGAAAAGCAGGUCGCCCACUACAAAAGACUGAGGCGGGUUACCUUCGUGGACAGUGUACCAAAAUCUUCUUCGGGAAAGAUUUUAAGGAGAGAGCUGAUCGGACAAGUGAGCCAACGCUUGCGUCAGUCCUCCGGCUCCACACUCCGAAGUCCAGAGGAACCCCAGGCUAAGCUGGGUGCAGCCUAGAGGUGGUAAUGGAUCAUGACCUUUGUACCUCAUUCACAAUCGAACUCAGAUCUAUCUAUUUUUAGCUCAAAAUCAUAUAUUAUUAUAGCGCGACUCUUAUCGAA